GAACGAUGGGAUGGGAAAUUUUGGGAAUUCAAAAUGUCAUGUUGAUUGUUGAAUUUUAUGUCUAAACGUUUUGCAAACGUAAAUGUGUUAUAUUAUUUUAUAUAAAUGCAUCAUUGUACUGAUAAUAUAGUUGAACAAUAACGUAAAUCGUCAAUGUAUAAAUAUAACAUGAAGUUAUAGAAGUUGCUCAAUAUUAGCGUAGAGAAUUGCGUUGGUCGGGAAGAGGUGUGAUGUGCGACCGAUACCCGGGGUACUUGUUCGGUGGGACUCCUGUCAGUAGCUGGGACAGGAGUUUCAAUUCUUUGGAAAAUCAAAUACAACAGCAGUACAGAGGUCGCGUCGGCCCCCACUCUCGUUACUGGGGCAGCAUGUCGGAGGGGGGAGGUAUAUCCGCGGCCGGAGGGGACUCUUGCAAGACGAACCUCAUCGUCAACUACCUCCCACAGUCCAUGACUGAGAAGGACUUGUACGCCAUGUUCAUGACCAUCGGGCCGAUUGAGAGCUGCAGAGUUAUGAAGGACUUUAAGACUGGCUACAGUUAUGGCUUCGGCUUCGUCAACUUCACUCGGGAGGAGGACGCGGCGCGGGCCAUCGACACAUUCAACGGGUACCAGCUCAGGAAUAAAAGGUUAAAGGUAUCAUACGCCCGGCCGUCUGGUGACGACAUAAAGGAGACGAACCUCUACGUCACGAAUCUCCCGCGCGCCAUUACCGAGGACCAGCUCGAGACGAUAUUCGGCAAAUAUGGCCGCAUCGUGCAGAAACACAUUUUGAGGGACAAGAGCAAUGGCGCGCCGAGAGGGGUCGCUUUUGUCAGAUUCGACAAGCGGGAGGAGGCGCAAGAGGCGAUAGCGGCGCUAAACAACGUGAUACCAGACGGCGGCACCGAGCCGCUUAGUGUCAAGGUGGCGGAGGAGCAUGGCAAACAGAAGGCUGCGUACUACGCCGGUUGGGCGGCGGGAUUCCACCAUAACAGAGUAGCGCCAGCGCCGCCGCCGCCGCGCCAGCACAGCCUCGACCAGCUCGACAUGGUGCACCGGCGCGACUUCAGCGCGCACGGGCCCUGGCCCAAACCCAGAGAUUACGCUUGGAACUGCGGCAGUUGUAUGGUGCCUGAACCGUGGGAACGUUUUCCAUCGCCUCCGCUAGGGGGCAGCCACCCCAACACACCUCGGAAUGGUUGCAGACCAAACUGCGCCAACAGGCUGGGAUUCCCCAACUAUAUGCCAGGGAAAGGCACCCCCAGAUCGGCCAGGGGAGGCAGAAACCCACCCUGGGCGCCAGGGUUCGAAGAAAGGUACAAGGGCCAGAGGUGCCGGAAUGGCCCGUCUCCUUAUUGGUAGUCAGACAUAACCAUUGGAUUAAUAAUAGACGUAGAAAUACUUUUAAAGUUUCAUUCAAUUCUUAUAAUGUUAAGAAAGGAGGUAAUAAAGUUCGAACUCCUAUGUUCUUCUGAUAAAAUUCGUUGCGGGUUCCAAGACAGUCAGCCUAUCCCCGGGACUACUCAACCUUCACUGGUUGGGUUUCAUGGACAAACUGGAUCUUGGAUAGGAGUUGCAGUGGUGGGAAAGAGAGGUUGGAUUUGUCCUUGUCCCGUAAUUUUAAGAUAAAUAAAUGAUGUGCUAGUCUGUUUUAAGUGAUAAGACGUUGCGAUUGUAGAUCGUGUCAACUUGCGACAAAGUAUAGGUUUGCUUGCAUUUAAUUCUUAUUAAGUUUGGUGUCUGACGUCAAGUAGUAAGUAGUUGAGAGACAUGUCUUGGUAAAAAUCACAUGUCUCUAUUUGUCUCUAGUGUCUUCAAAGUAGUCCCUACCAUAUUUAUUAACACUUUCACAUCAUCAUGCGUUAAGUAGAAUUUUCAGAGCUUAGUAUGUCUACAUUUAUUAUUACUCCAAUUGGUUGAGUACUUGUGUACGAAGAUGGAAAUAGACACAUGCAAGAUUGAUAAUGCAUCAGGAGUUUCUUUAAUUUAUACCUUGGCUAAAGUACAUUGUAGGUUACGAUCCGUUUCCGGGUUGAUAAGUGUGCUUCGUCCUUUAUUCCUACGGAAAAUCAUCUACCAGAUCUCCAAGCCAAGGUGUUUAUGUCCUGGAAGUAUAUUUCUAUGUCUGCAUAGAUGUGUCUUAAUUAAAACCUUUUUUUAAGUAAUGAGUAUGAGAAGUUAGACCUCAUAUCUGUAAAUAUUAUUUAAGGCACUGCAGUUGAUUCAUUGUGUGAUUGUGUGUAUGCAAUUUGGAUAAUGUUUAGGUCACAUAGUGGAUUUUAAAUCUUUGCGGAAAGUUAUUGUAGUAUCCAUGAAAUAAAUACUUAUACUAUCA